UGUAGUACUAAUUCUGUCUUGUAGUACUAAGUCAGCGAUGCUCUCUCAUACAGGAUGCUAAGACCUGCCUGAGAGGGCACAGGAAGAGUGAGAAAGGCAGAGAGAGAUGAAGUGGAGGCUAGCCCAGUCCUGAGGCUUCAGCUGGCCUCCUGCCCCAGGCCCAGUGAGUCUCGAGGAAGAGAAAAAGUUGCCUUCUGAAGACCAACCGAAGACGCAUCAUAUGCCCACACACCUGCUCAAAAAUGGGGAAAGGGGAGGUGGUCUCAGCCUUGACUCCCUUGCUGGCUCUGAAUAGACCCUCUGGGGAUGGUGGAGGGUGAGGCAGCUGUGGAGAGGGUCUGCAAGCCCGGCAGCAGCAGGAGGAAGCCACCAAAGCUGCUGGUGAGCGUCAGGUGCCCAGGCUGCCGUCGCGCGCAUCCUCCGCCAUCCCUGGCUUACACCUCUCAGGACUUUGCUCUCCAGGGCCAAGCUCAGACAUUACGGGUCCCAGAGUCAGCGUUGAUGGAGCUGAGUCAUCGACAAGGUACAACCACUUUGACAAGGACCCACCUGAACAACAAGGAGGGCCAGCAGGACAUGGACUCCUUCGGAGCUCCCCGGAGCUCCUUGGACAGCUCCAAAUUUAAGUACCAUCCAAGGCUCGCCCAGAGCCCCUUAGGCAGUCCCCUGGGCCAGGGCCACCUGGAGACGCCACCUCAACCGCCAACUCCUACCUGCAGGACUUCUCUGGCUAUGGGCUCCCAUCCUGAGGAUCUGAAGAAGGGGGCAUCCAGAUCCAGCUUGAGAGAUGCCAAGGAGAGCGUCCGAGAGGGAUGUCCGGGGGAGGAAGGCCAGGACUCCAGGUCCCCAGAGCAGAGGACAGUACCUCUGAGCAAGAAGGACAGCGUCAUUCCUGAAAACAUCCGCCACAAAUUUGGGAGCAAGAUGGUGGACCAACUGAUCUCUGAGGAUCAGGCUCGACAGGCCAUUGGUGAAAUCUUUGAAGGCCAGAAGAGGUCAAGCUCAUGGCCUAGCAGGACCCAGAGCCCCAUGCAAGCUUCCUCAAUUUUCUCAGACUACUAUGACCUGGGCUACCACAUGCGGUCCAACUUGUUUCAAGGCCCACCCCAGGAGACAAAGAGCCUCAUGAAGGCUUCCUACACACCGGAGGUGAUAGAGAAGUCGGUGAGGGAUGUUGAACACUGGCACGGGAGGAAGACGGAUGACCUGGGCCGGUGGCACCGGAAAAAUGCUAUGAACAUGAACUUGCAGAAAGCGCUGGAAGAGAAAUAUGGAGAAAAGAGCAGAUCCAAGGGCAAGUAGUUGAAAGGGCGUUGGAAGGAAGCUUGAGAAUGCUGCCAAUAAAGAAAUAAAGGCUCUG